AUGCCCAGCGACAAAGUGUCGACCAAGACCCCACCCUCCAAAGGCGGUGGAGGUGGAGGAGGGCCAUAUGGCAACGGACCCGGCCCUUCGGGUGACCCUCGACCACAAAUGCCUUGGUGCGACUGCGGUUGUGGAGGCGAUCCGGUCCUCAAGGCCCAAAUCGCUGCUGAGCGCGGUUCCCGAGGAGCUACUCAGUUCUCACACAUUGGACAGGAGUAG